AUGCGAAUUCAGAAGUUGUAUAUUCUUGAGCGUCUCGACGAAGGAACGAUGCCUGAUUGCGGCCCUGUCAUUCAGGCAAAAGAUACACGUGAUCGCGCUGCGGACGCGUCGGUUUCGCAACGGACAAGGUCGAGACGCAUUCAUGUCCAAAGACAAGCUCCAAGCCUUCCUUUCUCUGCGUUCCCUCUCCGUCUCGUCUUUCCGGUACAUGCCAGGCCAAUUCUGUACCCUGUGAGACGACCCAUUGCAAUAUCCAUGUCCACAACUCCACCGUGGUCUCGCCGCCGUGUGGAGAUAGCGGUUGCUGACUGA